AUGGACAGGGAAAAUAAAAAACGAAAGGAGAUUGAAAAUGUAUUGGUUGUAGUUGAAGAUUUGGUCCGUCGGCAGCGCCAACAAUCUUUUCUUCUGCUCAGUUUGGCUGAGUAUUUUACUCGGCGGAGGAGUAGUGAUGACGAAGAUGAUACAACCAUGGUUACUGACUUGUUGUGGAAGAUACCGGAGCAAAUUCGGCGUAUGGAUAGGCUAAUACGUUUAACUGACACGGACUGUGUGAACAAUCUCUGGAUGGACCGUAACUGCUUUGGACGGCUGUGUCUACUACUACGUGAACGCAUGGGUUUGAAAGAUCGAAAAUUUGUAAGCGUUGAGGAGCAAGUGUCUAUGCUCUUAAGCAUCCUCGCUCAUCACAAAAAGAAUCGGAUAAUAGGGUUUGAGUAUUUGCGAUCCGGACAGACUAUUUCUCGAUAUAUUCAUGAGGUGUUAAGAGGGGUGAUUGGUCUUCAUGAGGUAUUCAUGGCUAAACCCACGCCCGUGGACGACGAUUGCGACGACCCCCGGUGGAAAUGGUUCAAGGGUUGUCUAGGGGCAUUGGAUGGAACAUAUAUCGAUGUCCGUGUUAAUGUUGGUGAUGCACCACGGUAUAGAACACGAAAGGGCCACAUCGCUACUAAUACUUUGGCUGUCUGUGAUCGUUUUAUGCGAUUUGUCUACGUCCUAACUGGUUGGGAGGGAUCAGCAGGUGACUCUCGUGUUCUACGCGAUGCUGUCACACGGGAAGUUGACAAACUACGAGUCCCUAAAGGCUGUUAUUACUUGUGUGAUAAUGGAUAUGCAAACAGCGAAGGAUUCCUCACACCAUUCAAAGGGGUGCGGUAUCACUUGAAGGAGUGGGGACCUUCUGCGCAUAAGUCCCAAAACCCUACAGAAAUGUUUAACAUGAGGCACACCAUGGCGCGGAAUAUCAUCGAACGUGCUUUUGCAGUAUUGAAGAUGAGGUGGGGGAUAUUACGCAGUGCCAGCUUCUACCCGAUCACAAUACAAACGCGUCUCAUAAUGGCAUGCUUCAUUCUGCACAAUUUCAUUCGGAGCCAAAUGCAAGUUGAUCCAGUUGAGUUGGAACUUAGUGAUGCAAAUGUGAACCUUGAAGACCUUGAAGAUAUAAAUGGGGACAUUUCAGCAGGGGCGGAAGGAGAUGCCGUGGAGUAUGUAGAUGCAGUUGAAUCUACUCCAUCGUGGAACCAGACCAGGACAGAGAUAGCCGAGUUUAUGUGGAAUAAUGCGUAG